UGUGUUUACAUCCGGUGACGUCGAAGAUGGCCAUGCAGUUGUGAUCGACGUUCACUUUUUAAAAAAUUGAACUUAAAUUUUAACGCUCAAAUAAGUCGUUUAUAUCGCAAUGCGUGUCAAACUGUUAUACUGUUAACUGUCACUCGGUUAGCAGCUAGCGGACGUGAGCCAUGGCGGAGGUGGAGGAGCUGCGGCCUGUCCCCAAGGAAAGAGCCAUUCUCGAGAGCUUCUUCACCCAACUCGGUAUGUUUUCGUUUGACCGAGCCAAAGACUACGUGGAGAAGGAGAAGGACAACAGCAAGAGCAGCGGGGCUAUCUGGACGGGACUGCUGGCCGCGCUGGCUCACUUGGCCGCCGCCGAGAAGGCGUACCACAACAUGACGUUCUUGGGACAGAAACUGGGAGGUCAGUCCUUCUUCAGCCGCAAGGACUCCAUAAGAACCAUCUACACGUCCCUCUUCAAUGAGCUGAAGAAGGUAGCCAGUGCGGGGCGCCACAGCCAGCCGGGAUCCGCUUUGUACCUUGAGGACCUGCUGUCGCACCUGUCGGAGCAGCUGUGCCACUUCACACAGGCUCGCAUGGAGAUGGCUGACUUCUAUGAGAAGAUGCACACGCUGGGAGGCCAAAAGAGCAUCAACUCUGAGGAGCUGGUCACCACGCUGGAGGCUGUCCUGCACAAGUACAGUUCAAAGUUCCACCACCCCAUCCUGGGCCGUCUGGAGGAGAGCUUCCAGACCGAGGUGGACGUGGUCUCUCAGCUCCUGCGCUGCCAGGCCCAGAUCUCGGAGUGGCACUUCCUGCCGGCGCUUCUCAGUUUGCACGGGGCCAAUUCCAAAAUCACUGCCUGGGGUCAACUGUUCCAGAAGCAGAAGGAGACGCGGAAGAACCUGUUUGGCGGUCAGUCUCAGAAGUCGGUGCAGCCGCCGCACCUGUACGCUUGGCUGCAGCGCUUCCAGGCGGCGCUUCUGGCCAAGUUCAGCUUCUACUUCCACGAAGCGCUGAGUCGACAGACAGCUGCGGCGGACAUGAGAGCGCUGACGGCUCGCACCACGCCGGACUACCACGGUAAAAUCUGCACCUUCAUCCGCAAACACGACGCCAACAACGUGUCGCUGGUGUUCGAUAACCGUGGGUCCGAGAGCUUCCAGGGUCACGGCUACCACCACCCGCAUUCGUACCGGGAGGCGCCGAAGGGCGUGGAGCAGUUUCCCGCGGUGGUGUCGCUGCCCACGGGCGAGCGCCCGCUCACCCACUGGCCUAACGUCAUCAUGAUGAUGGGAGACCGCGCCAGCGAACUCAACAGUCUGGACAAAGUGGUCCACUUUUACGACGACAAAGUCCAGAGCACAUACUACCUGACCCGGCCCGAGCCGCACUUCACUCUGGUGGUCAUCUUUGACGGUAAAAAGUCGGAGAAGGACGUGUACAUCACUGCUUUCCUGCAGGAGAUCUCUACUUCGCUGCGGAACUCCAAACCCUUCAGCACCCUCAAACCCGGGUCAAAGGGAUGAGCGACCAUCCUGCCCAGAUACUUCAGACCAAAGAUGCGGACCAGCUUAUUUUGCUUUUUAAAAAGAAACACUGAAAGUUUGUUUCAGGUUUUUAAUUUAAUAAGAAUUUUAAUAUUUGGCAUUUGAUUUAGGUUUUACUGUUUAAAAUGGGACUGAAUAAAGAUAUGCUGUUAUUUUUAAACUGAUAUUUAUUUUUUUUAUAGUCACACAUUUCUUUUGGGAAGAAAACACGGCGCCUCCAACUGUUCACUUGAGUUCUAAUUUAUUCAGGUUUAUUUAUAAUAUAAAUACAACACAUUGAUACAGUUCAUUUGGCUAAUAUGAGCUCAUCAUUGGGAAUCUCCCGUUUUCAAAUACAGCAACACUAACGGACAAAACCAGUUCCUUUAUCGUCAAACACAUUCGAGAAACUUCCCGUCGGGUUUUAAAAAUGCACCAACAUGUGAUGAUGCUACAUGCCAAGUACACAAUCCUAUACAACAAAGUGCAAUGUCACAAUGGGUUAAUGCUAGAAUUCAUAAUUUAGGGAUCUACUAAACACUGUAUGAUUAUUUCAUUCGGAGUGCUGCUGCUGCUGCUCUUCGUUCAGGGACAUGCACGAGUGGAUUCACAACUCCCCCCCCCAAAAAGAUAAAAAAAGGCACUUUCACAGUGACACACACGCAUCUCAGUUUCAUCACUACACACACACGCACACACACACACACAGCCAGUUUGAAAGGCGGUCACAUUCAGUGUGCUGUUCAAGUGUUGUUUUUUUUGGGCGUUUAAACUCGGAGCCCCACCCUGUUAGCUUCCUGUGGUGUUUAAGGUGAACUAGUGAUUGUAGUGUAACAAGCAAGGUUGACCUUUAUCAACACACACACACACACACACACUCACACACAGCAGCAUGCUUUUACGACAGUCCCAACUGGUGUGUUCUGGCACUCAAAACGGACAUAAAUAUUCUAUCAUCUAUUCUUCUGCACGUACACGGGAGGAGAACAGGCAAGCGGGAGACACACAACUUCGACUGGAUUUCAUUUGUGUUGGAAGUUUUGAGGCAGGUCCCUCAUUUGGCAGGGCAGCACAUGACCAAGGCUGGAGGGAAGCUCGCCACAGAGUGUCUUGUGUGUGGAGUUUAUAUCUUCUUCCACAUGUUUUGUCACGCUGUCUCCCAAAAACACACUGAGGUUUAUUGGUAUAUUGCCCUCUGUCUGUGUCAACGGGGCCCUCCUCAGGUCCGAGAGAACAAAUUAUUCAGUAUUGCCAUUCAUUACUAGCUCAACCCUACAUUUUACGUGUUGGAAUUACUUCAUUUGUGACCUCUAUUCAUUUCUAAUUACUUCUGGUCCCACAAAAUAAAUUGAAAGAAUAAAAAAAGUUUCAUUUGUUCAUGUAUUCAUAUUGUAUUUAUGUUUUGUCAGAUUAGCGCUUACUUCAACAAAUAGAUUUCAGUUGAUUUAAUAAUAUACUUAAACAAUGAGUAAAUCCACAUGACAGAUGAAUCGUUCUUAAACGUUGGUCAUCUGGGGACAUUUUUCAUGGCACCUUGUCCAUGUGCCCGGCAUAACACAGUGUGAUGUCAUAACUAAAACAUCCAUGAUGAAAACUAGAAGAGGAAAAAAGUGUGUGUGCACUUUGUCCAAAAACUUGGCUCAUCAUUGGAGCACUGCCACCCUCAUGUUUUAGCUUGCGUGUACAGAAUCAAGCUGAAUUUGAUCAGUCUGCAGUCAAAUAUUACAUUGUGAUUAAUUGAUAUUGAUCAAUGAUAAAAAUUUAAAUGAUGAAAAUCAUUUUUUUAAAUGCAUUUUGUCCUUGUUACUAAGGCAUUUAUUCUUUGUUUUAGUAAAGCUUCUUUCUUCUUUUGUUUUUGAAAUGUAUUUAUUUAUUUUUUUUUCUCUCCCUUUUUUUGUGGUUUGAUGGCACCACACUAGUCCCAGAACGGACGCGUCUUGGGAAAAUGGAACACGCUUCAACAGCAUCCUUGAAAUGAAGCCUUGGAAGUGUGCAACCCUGGAACCCUUCAACCCUUCCUCUCCCUUGCUGGAGAAAAAGUCCCCCAAAUGACUUCUGAACACAAAUGGAACACAUCACAAAGCCCAGUCCAGAUGGCAGGGGUACUCAUCAAAAACUGAAUAUAGGGUUUAGAUCAGAUAUUUUCGUGAGUUUUGUUGGCGUGUCGGGAUGAACUGCGUUUCAUGAAUUAGUUGCAUGUUUAAAAUAUGUAUUCAGAUCAAACAGAUAUGCACUUCAACACACCACCUCCUUGGUUUUCUAGCUCAGUCCUCACCCACUCCGUGUUCAUGUGGAGCAGCUGAGACUCCAGGAGAAGAUCUUCCAGUUUUUAUGAGUGCCUAUGUACAUACAACUGGGCGAAAAGCGUACCCCCGAAGUUCUGUCUAAGGUCCUCAACCACCAGUCCCUGUCUGUGGCUCUGACUUGGGGGGUGUCCUCUCCCUUUAAAGGCUCUUAAAAAGUCUUGCGAGCGGCAGGCGAGGCUCGCUGAACAUUCAAUAGAUGGCUAAACAGUCGUUGACUACUGAAACAUUCAUUUGAUAUCUGGACUUUUUUUUCUUUUUCUUCAACACUGACUACCUCAAGAGGCGAUACAUGGUUUGAGGUGUAAGUGAGCUCAGCAGCGCAAACAAUGUUUUAAUAAAAAAAACACAUGUACCCCUCACUCUGCCCUGUCGCCCUCAGCAGCGCCGUCAGGAUUUUUAGGAGAUUAAAAAAAAAAAAAAAACACCUUGAGCAACAUUCACAUCUUAUUUUUUAGCUGAACUAUUCUCCCGCACUCACUGGCCGUUGUUUUAGCUAAACCUCUGAUAAAUGCUCAAUACAUGGAGAAAGUAAACUCCUACACACCAAGAGAGAGAGAACACCAACCUGACGACACGUAAAUAUCAUGGCAUAUCAUAUCAUAGGUCAUAUAUUAGAUUUUAUUUCUACAUUGAAACCCUUCUCCUACCAUUCCUACCCUCAUGUUGAUAUUAAACAUCAGUACCCUGAUCUCCUCUUCUGGCCCAGUUUUGGCCCGGGUUUGGCCUGAUUUUGCCUUUUCACUCGGCCUCAUUUGGCUCACAUGGUGCAGGAUUUG